CGAGGGCGACGGCGUCGUAAAUACUGAUUAACCGCCUCGCUCAUUUUUCACUUUGUGGUUUAACCGAUCACUUUCAUUCUCUCGUGAAACCUGGAGUUGAAAAGGGACAGAGGAUCGGGUGAAUCUCUUAUGUUCUUCGGAAAGUUAUUCACGGCAAAGUGUAAAGAGCGGAUUAUACUUUGUAGAUACGCGGAGCAAUGGCCUGCAAGUGACUUUCUCGAAUGAUAAGCGAAAGGAAAUUUCUGUAGGAAAUAGUAACAUACCCGUCAUGUCACUCUUCUUAUCUUCUUGUACGUUUCAAAUACGUCUUUGAAAUGUAGAUCUGACAUAGUAAAUUACGACCUAUCUACAGCAUAACUUAAACCUGACUCGCUAACGACAAGCACGAUAUCGUAGCGACGAGGUCGUUUUCACCGGUGAACCUAGGUUGGUUAAUUUUGACGACAGUCAGUCUCUCUGUGAACGCCGACUGCAUGCUAACUCCAUCGCCUUUUUCAUCAACACAGCCGAAUGUGACGGGAGCAAGAAAGAGAAACGUUUAACGGAGGAAAGAUUUAUACGUACAUCGGCGAGGUGUGCGUGAGCGUGAAUCCCUACAGACACACCAACAUCUACGAUGCGGAUCAAAUUAAUAAGUACAAAGGCAGGGAACUAUUCGAAAACCCGCCGCACAUUUUUGCGAUCGCGGACGCGGUGCAUAAGGAGAUGAAGCAACAGGGCCGAGACACAUGUAUAGUAAUAAGCGGCGAGUCUGGCUCCGGCAAAACGGAGGCUAGCAAAAUCAUUAUGAAAUAUAUCGCCGCUGUUACCAAUCUGAGCGGUCAACAGGAGAUCGAAAGGGUUAAGAACAUCCUCAUCCAGUCGAAUUCGAUACUGGAGGCAUUUGGCAAUGCCAAGACGAACAGGAACGACAACUCAUCACGUUUCGGAAAAUAUAUGGACAUCAAUUUCGACUUCAAGGGCGAUCCCGUGGGCGGACACGUGACCAAUUAUCUCCUGGAGAAGUCGCGGGUGGUUUAUCAGCAAAAAGGGGAACGCAACUUUCACUGUUUUUAUCAGCUACUAAAUGGCUGCAGCGAGUCCGAAUUGAAGAAAUUACGUCUGGUGCGGGAUCCGACGGCCUACCACUUCAUCGGCAACGGAAACAACAAUAAAGUGCCUACCUCUGACAGAAGCGACUACAAAACCGUGAACAGCGCCAUGUCUAUGCUCGGAUUCUCCCCGAAUGAGAUACAGACUGUAUGGAGUAUCAUCUCCGGUGUCCUGCAUCUGGGCAAUAUCACCUUCAAGCUGGAAGACGACAAGCUUUUAAUUCAAAAUCAUUCUGCCUUGAACGACACUGCCAAUUUAUUCUCCAUCAGCUCGAAGGACCUGAGCACCGCUCUCUCGCAGAGGGUCAUAGCGGCCGGCGGCGAAGUCAUGCAAAAAACUCACACAUUGGUGGAGGCUGAGUAUGGCAGAGAUGCUUUGGCAAAGGCUAUAUACGAGCGAUUGUUUACAUGGAUAGUAUCACGCGUCAAUGGCUCGAUCAAUGUGAACGAUCUUGACAAUGUAAAGCGGUACGGAACGGUGAUUGGUGUGCUAGACAUCUAUGGCUUCGAAAUCUUCGACGCAAAUAGCUUCGAGCAGUUUUGCAUCAAUUACUGCAACGAAAAACUGCAGCAACUCUUUAUCGAACUGGUUCUCAAACAAGAGCAAGAGGAGUACCAGAGGGAAGGGAUAGCAUGGCAACACAUUGAAUAUUUUAACAAUCAAAUUAUCUGCGAAUUGGUCGAGCAAGCUCACAAGGGAAUCAUAGCGAUCAUGGAUGAGGCCUGUCUUAACGUUGGAAAAGUCACCGACGAGAUGCUCCUGAAUGCGAUGGAUAAGAAGCUAGCGGAUCACAAACACUACACCUCUCGACAGUUGAAACCAAUGGACAAAGAACUGCAGCAUAAAAUCGAGUUUAAAAUCAAACAUUACGCCGGCGACGUGAUUUACAAUAUCAAUGGCUUCCUCGACAAGAACAAAGAUACGCUCUUCCAAGAUUUAAAACGUUUGCUCUAUAAGAGCAAUAAUUCAUUGAUUAGUGAAAUGUGGCCCGAGGGUUCGCAAAAUAUUUUAAAGACGACAAAGAGACCUCAAACCGCUGGCACGUUAUUCCGCAAUUCUAUGAUCGCGCUAGUGAAGAAUCUAACGAGCAAGGAGCCGUUUUACGUGAGAUGUAUAAAACCUAAUGAAGUGAAGUCUCCAGUCGUGUUCGACGACGAGAGAGUAAAUCAUCAAGUGAGAUAUUUGGGUCUUGUAGAGAACAUAUUAGUAAGACGCGCUGGUUUCGUAUACAGACUGCGAUACGACAAAUUUUUGAAAAGGUACAAAAUGAUAUCGCAAUACACAUGGCCGAACUUCCGAGGCGGCAACGACAAAGACGGGGUACGCACGCUAAUGGACGAGAAAGGUUUUUCGAACGACGUAAAGUACGGUCACACGAAGAUUUUCAUUCGCUCGCCGCAAACUCUGUUCGCGUUAGAAAAGGCUCGCAGCGAGUUAAUACCAGGCAUCGUGGUUCUUUUGCAAAAGCAAUGGCGAGGAUACUUGUGCCGUCAGAAGUACAAGAAGAUGAAGGCCGCGCUGGUUAUGAUGAAGCACUAUGUCAAGUACAAGCAACGCGUUUACAUCAGCAAGCUGGAGCAAAUGUUCAGGCCUGCCAAGAAAAUGCGGGACUAUGGCAAACAUCUACCCUGGCCACCGGAAAACUUCGCCGUGAGACACGUUGUACCCGCUCUAAAGAACAUAUAUGCGAGAUGGUGGGCAUGGAUGGUGCUCAAAGUAAUCCCACGGGAGGAUUGGCCACAGCUGCGACUGAAGAUGGCAGCGGGCGCCGUGUUGCGCUCAAAGCGAUCUUACUGGGGUCAAGAUCGCCGAUGGGAAGGAAACUACUUAUGCGUAGCGGAUGAGAAUCCUCACAGUGACGUCUUUAUUUCUUCGAUAAACAAUCUACGAAACACUGACCAUUUCAAGACUAUCUUGUUCAGCGCAUUUAUCAAGAAAACCAACAGAUUUAACAAGCCUGCGAACCGCGUUCUGAUAGUAACGGAACAUGCUGUCUACAAACUAGACGGUGUUAAAUUCAAGAAUAUGAAGAAGGGCAUGCCAAUUGCGGAGAUUACUGGUUUGAGCGUGUCACCCGGAAAGGAUCAACUCAUCACCAUUCAUUCAAACCGUGGAAACGAUUUCAUUCUCUCAAUCAUUGCUAAAGACGACAGAGUUGGAGAACUCGUUGGCGUACUCAGUAACCGAUAUUAUCAAUUGCGUGGUGCCGAUCUGCACGUCACUGUGGACACGAGGUUCAAGUGUAUGUUGGGCAACAAAAGCAAAGUAUUGCGUGUCGAGGUAAUACCCGACGUGAUGGAGCCCACGUUCAAGCAGGACAGCAACAAUAUCAUUUACGCCAUCCCACCGUCAGUGGCAAUCAUCGAUAACGGUACUAAUACAAGAUUGGAUAUGGAUAUCCGUACGGCCAGUUAAAACCCGACGAUCCGUCCGAUUACCGAUACUCAUUAUGCUCUUGCACUAAUGAAUUUGGAACAUACAUCUUUGACGUUAUUGAAGCUUAAAGCUUUAUUGACCAUUGUGCCUGCAUAAUAUAUUAUAUACACUUAUCGAAUGUCAGAAGAGAAAACACGAGGAACAGAUAUUGCAGUACAACAGUUACGUGACACACCUAUAUGUACACAGCUAUACGAAUCGACUGUGUAACAUGUGGGAGCGUACGAGAAAUCUUUAAACUUCGUCCUUCGAAUACUUAUCGCAGAGUUCUCCACACAUGACGCAUUUAUUUGUAAAUACUAUAUAGUAUUAUAAAUAUUGUUAGCUUGUAAUUGCGUGAAGACAAGAAGUGUGGACCUAAAAAAGUUCUUUAUCUUGGAAUGCAUUUAUAUACACAUAUAUGUAACUUAUACUCGGGAUGAUUUUGACACCUUGUCGAAGAUAAUCGGAUUUUCGGAGAUCGGAUUUUAAUGCAAAUUUUUCGUGGUAAUUAGGAACAAAUUUCUCAUCGACUCCAGCGUAAACGUUGUAAGUGCUUGUGGCCUUCUACUUACUAUUUAUAUCGUAGAUUGGAAUAUUUUUUUAAUAUUUUUUACAUAUGAAAAUUUUACGGCGCGCAAAUAAAGUAUAUAACUAUGGAUGUUACACCGCGCAUAGUGCCUACUAAUUUGCGACACAUACGUAUAACGAGAGUUAUAUAUAUAUAUAUGUACAUUAUUUUCCAAAGAGUUUUGUAUUCUUCCAUCAUGUACUUAGGAUAAAAGAGAUUCUAUAUAAACACACCGCGCGCGCGUACAUACAUUAUGCAAAUAAGAUUAAUCAAAAUAUACAUAUUAUUUUAAUGUUGAUUUGAUCAACGCGUGAAGGAAAUUAUUGUACAUUGCCAUAUAGGGUUCUUGUUAAUCCUUGUGACAAAGCAUUAGCGAAACAAUUUGCUGAAAACCAGUCUGCUUCGCUCUUUCUAAUUUUCAAUUAUAUACAUACAUACAUAUAUACAUAUAUGUGUAUAUACAUACACAUAUAUAUAUAUAUAUAUAUAUAUAUAUAUAUAAAAACGGUUACAUUAUUUUGAAUCGAUAAUUGUGAUCGUGAAGCGUUUUAGAACAUGUUGAGAAUUGUGCCAUUGUUAGAAAAUAAAGUGAAAUUUUCACAUUA